UGUUAAAACCAAGCGCUAGUUUCAUGGCUGUCCGACACAUUCUUUAUUGCGGCAUAAAAACUCAGAGGUGAUCUGAGGGAGCGUCAUUCGCGACGUGAGCUACACAAAGAGAAGGCGAGCCGUUCCACUCUGGAAGAAAUAACAACCCAGUGUUUUAGCGAUCAUGAGGGCUGCGUCGUACACCCAGAAGAACCUGCAGGUCAGCGGCUCCAGCGGCAGAGUAAGGGUUCAGAGCCCGUCACCUUCCCGGUGCCGUGGAUCCUCGCACGACAACCGCGGACGCGCCGGUAAUAAUCGCAGCGCUGCCAUCGAGUUGGGCACAGAGAUACAUCACCAGCAUGCCAACGAGAAAGAGGAGAUGCAGGAACUCAACGUCAAGUUUGCAGGAUACAUCGAGAAGGUCCAGGCACUAGAGCAGAGAAACGCGUCUCUUCAAGCCGAGCUGGCCGCACUGCAGAGCCGCUACAAGGGAGGCCCCACUGGCAUCGGAGAGGAAUAUGAGCUCAGGUUUCAAGAGGUGCGGGAGCUGAUUGAGGCCCUCACCAAUGAGAAGGGAGUCGCCGAUAUCGAGCGAGGCUACGUUGAAGAAGAGGCUGAAGUGUGGAGACUAAAGCUCGAGGAGGAACUGGCACUGAAGGAAGAGGCAGAGAUAAUCCUGACGGAGUUUCGCCAGGAUGUUGACAAUGCCACGCUGCAGAAGGCUGAGCUGGAGAAGCGCAUAGAGCAACUGGUAGCCGAGAUAGAGUUCCUCAAAAAGCUCCAUGAUGAAGAAGUGGCUGACCUCAUUAAGCAGAUCGAGGACUCAAAGAUCACAGUGGAGCUGGAUGGCGAUCGGCCUGACCUCGCCGCUUAUCUGCGCAACAUGCGCGCAGAGAUAGAAUCUGCGGCUGCCCGCAACGUCCAGGAAGCUGAGAAAUGGUACAAGAGCAAGUUUGACACCCUCAAGGAGCAUGCUGGCAAAAAUGAGGUGCAAAUGACGACCAUGAAAGACGAGAUCACAACCUUCCACACUCAAGUGUCAGAGCUGCAGAACCAGAUUGACAGUGUGAAGGCUCGCAACGCAGCUCUGGAGCAUCAGCUGGAGGACAUGGAGUUGUCCCACAUGGAUAAGGUGGAGAGCCUCGAGAGUAUCAUUGCUCAGUUGGAGGCCCAGCUCUGCGAAACCAAACUAGAGAUGACAAAGUAUUUCCAAGACUACCAGGACCUGCUGCACAUUAAGCUCAAGCUGGAUACAGAGAUCGCCACCUACAGGAAGCUGCUGGAAGGGGAGGAGCAUCGGCUUGGAAUUGACAAAAUCGUCUAAAGCGGCGACCAGCAGAGCAUUGUGGAGUGGAGAGAUCAGCUCGUACUCGUGAAAGAGAUUAUUCCCAAUCUUCCCAUUUCCCCUCUACUUUACCAUCCUUACUCCAAGGGCUGGGUAUUGUUUGAAAUGUUUCCAUACGAUGCCAAUUUGUGUUUCAGUCCGGAUGCCAAAAUGACACUUUUUUUAAAACCUUAUUUGGGGAAAUGUUUUUUGUACAAAACAUUUCUUUGGACAAGGACACUUAUAUCAAAUGUAAAAUGCUGUCCAAUCACAUGUUCUUUGUGUUCUUUGACAAUAAUUAUGCCCAAUUAGAAUAUUCUAAAAUUGGCAACAUAUUGAUUCAACAAACGGAGGAAAAACGUAUACCUACUCUCAGUAGGUGUCCACCCUCCUUUAAAAAAAGAACAUUUUAAGCAGUCAGUCUUAUACAAAAAAUGAGCUAAACAAGAAUUAUGUUUCUAUUGAAUCCAGCUUUCCGUACUUGAUCCUUUUUUGGUGACACAUUGAGAUUUGAUACCCAGCCCUUCUUACCAUUUUACUAUCCUUGCCGUACCCUGACCCCAUUACCCUUACAUCUUUGCUCUUUGAACUUCUCAAAACAACCCUCAUGUCUUCCCCUCUUACCAAGUCUACCCUGCAUCCCGCUGGAUCCGGUUUAUUGACCCUCUGGUGUCCUUGGUUAGCCUCUUUUCCUUUUCUUUAAUCCUGUACUAUGUGUCCUACAACACCCUUGUUUAUGUCACCUUCCCCUUUUCCUGCCAAAUCAACCCCACCGUUGUACUGCUCUCACCACUUCUGCCACUUCCCGUUGCUCCAUCUGCUCACCUUUUGCUGACACUGCUAUCUUGAUAAACAUGUUGGAUCUCCCCUCCUUUUACAAAAAAAAAAACACUUUUUUUCUUGCUGAGAAGUUUCACAUCUCAACCCAAACAAAGCACAGCUGAUGCUGUCAGUGUUUCGACUUGUCUUUACAGUUCUACACUGAAUGUUUUGUCAGGACUCAACUAUUGGCUAUUUACACUAAUGUUGACCAACUGUUACAUAAUAAAGAUUGAAGUGAGUGCAUU